CACGGUUGUCUUUUUAUCGGCAGCAGCAUAUCUUGGCUACCAAGCUUUUUUGACAUUUGUUGGAAGCAAAAGAACAUCAGUGUAUGACUUGAUCAAAAAUCCAAAGUAUAACUUGAAGACAGUAGAAGCACCAAAGCUAGCAGGCAAAUUAUUCUUAUUUUUUGUAAAUUUAGUUGAAUUUUCACCAGUUGGCGAUUUUUUGGUGCCAAUAAUUCUCAAAUCAUCUGGUUUUUCAAUCCUUGAAGAAAUUUCUGUCUAUAACGCUCCUGCUUUGGAUCCCAUUCCAAUGAGAAACGAAGAAGAACAUUUUAAUGAUUUAAAGCAUUUCGAAGAAAAUGGUAAAUUAUCCUGCAUGGAAAUCCAAAAGAAAGAAAUUGCUAGAAUCAUUGAUGAAUACUUUGCUUCUGACAUGUCAAAGGAAAAUUAUGUUUACAAUACCAUUGCUUAUAUUCACAAGUUAUAUAAGGAAAAGAAAACAACUCCUCUCCAAGUUGCUAAAAAUAUUCUAAAGGCAAUUAAAGAGAUUGAUGAACAAAAUCCAUCCUUAAAAGCUGUUAUCAAAUAUGAUGAAAGUUUACUUUUGAAACAAGCUGAAGAAUCCACUAAAAGAUAUGAAGAAGGAAAGGAAAUUUCUGUAUUUGAUGGUGUUCCUGUAACAAUCAAGGAUGAACUUGACCUUGCAGGUUUCACUUCAACCAAAGGAAUGAAAGUUACAGAAUACACAGAACAUGUAAUUACUGAAGACGAAGAAUCCAAUGUUUCAAAAUCUUUACGUGCACUUGGUGUCAUGUUCGUUGGUAAGGCCAACCAAAAUGAAAUUGGUAUUUGUGCUCGUGGUAUCAAUGUAAACUUUGGCUCAGCAAGAAAUCCGUACAACCUCCAAUGUGAUACUGGUGGUAGCAGUAGUGGUUCAGGUGCUGGUGUUGGUAGUGGUUUGAUUCCAUUGAGUAUUGGUACGGAUGGUGGUGGUAGUGUUAGAAUCCCUUCUUCUUUGUGUGGCGUUUAUGGAUUAAAGCCAACUCAUUACAGAAUUUCAACCAAGCAAAAGAGUGCCCCUGUUGCUUUUAGUACUUGUGUCGCUGGACCAAUGACUGGAUCUGCUAUUGAUUUGACAUUGAGUUUUGCUGCAGUUGCUGGCAGAAGAAGCAAUGAUUUGAAAUCUCUUACUCAACCAAGGGAUUUAAGAUUGAACGAGAUUAGACUUAUGGAUCCAGAUUAUUAUAAUCUAAAUGAAAGAAAAAUUGGAAUUCAUAACGACUAUUUUAAUGACGUAAAAGAUAAUAGAAUUCCAAAACUUUGUAGAGACUUUAUUGAGAAGGUAUUUUGUAAGAUUUAUAAUGCUCAAAUAGAUGACUCUAUUGUAAUCCCAUUAUUGGAGCCUUCGAGGGUAUCCCACUUGGUUACUAUUGCCGGUGAAAUGAGAAAUGGUAUGAAAGAUUAUGGAUAUUAUGAAUAUGAUAAGAGAUCCAAGCUUUGUCCAGAAACUAGAAUGUCUCUUUUAUCUCAAAAAUACGCCUCCUCAUCCGAUUACAUUACAGCUCAAAGAGUUAGAUCUCACCAAAUGGACGAAUUUGCAAAACUCUUCGAAAAGGUUGAUGUUAUUGCAUUGCCCACAGUUGGAUGUGUUGCACCUGAAUUUGAUGAAAGUCAAGUUAAGAAAGGAGGAUUGGGUGUCAGCGAUUAUGAUGUACUCUCAAGUAUCAUGAAAUUCAUUUUCACUUCCAAUUUUUGUGGAUUCCCUUCAGUUUCAAUUCCUAUUGGUUUUAUUGAUAACAAACCAGUUGGCUUGCAACUCAUGGCCAAAUGGUGGGAUGAAGUCACCCUUUUGAAAUUUUGUUUACUCGCUGAAAAAUACACUGAGAAGAAGAAACCACAAAAAUUUAUUGAUAUCACAUCCCAAUAAAAAUAAAAAAGUUCCCUCAUUUGUGUG